AUGAUGCAAAUCAAGGCGAAUAUAUCACGAAUGAAACAUCGAUCGAUGUGCUCUGAUUUAAAAGAAAAAUCCGUGCUGUAUGCAUCUUCUUUGAAAAAUCUGGAGGACGAGAUAAGAGAGCACGAGAGUGAAAUGAAACGUCUUCAGGGAGUGAAGGAAGAAGCAAUUACAUUGAGAGAUAAUAUGCAGGAAACAUUAAUUAAAGAAGAAAUUGAAGUUACGAACUGUAGCAAGGAACGCAAUGCUGUACUUGAAGAGUACAGGCAACGCGUACUGGAACGAAAAACGGAACUCGAGCGUUUGGAAAAGAUGAUAUUCCAUUCGCGUCCGCGAGAUGAUUUCGACACACGUGGGAAAAAUCAUGUACAGCCCACAGAGGACAUUACCAAGGACGAGGUGACACGGCUGGAGGAGACGUUCGCCAAGCUUCGCAGCGCCACCGGAGUGUCCAGGUCCGAGGACGUCCUGAACCGGUUUCUGGGUCAGCAGGCGACCAAGGAUAAUCUGCAGAAAAUGCGGGUGGCCACGGAGCAAAAGAAAAUGGCGUUAGAAAAGCAAAGGCAGGAACUCAUCGAUGAGAUGGAAACCAAGAAGUUCUCUGAAACGAAGGACGCAGAACAAAACGCGGAAGAAGUGGAUAAAUUGAAUUGCCAUAUCAACGAGCAGCGAUCACGUCAAUUAAAGGCGGAUGAAGGAAGGCAGAGGGUGGAAGAUCUGCUGCAGGAAAUAACCAUGACGUUGUGGAACUUGUGCAACAAAUUUCGUGAUGUAAUGGAUACAUUACCCAAAGAAUCAGAUGAAAUUGAAAAUCCAUUGCAGCUAAUAGAUAUGAUGAAUGAGAAAGCAACAGGUAUCAUCGAGGCUCUUGGAGGGCCGGAUAAGUAUUUGGAAGUAUUGGAUGAAAUAUCCACUGAAAAGGUGGAAACAGUAUCGAUUACGACUACUUCAGUUGAAGGAAAGGUAGCACGUACAAAUGGAGGACCACUUUUUCCACGAUUUCCAUCCUCAACAACACCAGCGACACUGUUUUCCGAAGACGAAGAGGAUGUACCAACUAGAAAUACUCUCAAGAAACAAGCACAGCAAUUGGUCGACAUCAAAAGUCGUAGAAAAGGAUUCACCUUCAGGAGAUGA